GGGACACUGCAGUGAUUGUGACCCGCUUUUAGGAUGCAGUGAGGAAGAGGAGAAGAAGGGGGCACCUCAUGAUCAGUGCAGAGAGACAGGAAAAGAGAGAGAGCGAGAAAGGGAGAGAGAGAGAAAGGGAGAGAGUCAGUCCCACAGUAUUUUCUCAGCUGAAGACACUACAGUCUGGUUGCUUCAGAGGAGACACAGACUCGACAUGUCCCGAGCUGCCUGCUGCAGGUAGGUGAAGAAACACCAGUAAAUAGACGCAUGCUUUGCAGACACAGACUCCCUUAUUAACACGGGAGCGUUUUCCCAACAUGCUCGAAUAUUCCGUCUGCUCCGUUAAUUAAAGCUUCACCCUUUAAUUGGUCUGCAUGGGCAUGUAGGUGACGAUGUAGGGGAUCUGUCCUGUGAAUGACACCAGCUGCUGUAGAGCUACAGAGACAGCUGUCUGGGGGUUAAAACAGGAUUCAAACUGAGCACGUCCUAGUCUGUUUAUGUGAUGCCUUCAGGGGUAAAAGUUGAAGAAACAGUAGCAGGUUGAAAUGAAUCAGCUGCAUGAAGGGAAAAUAUCAUCUAUGAAAUGCUCAGCUGAAGUAGAGGCAGCUGUCCCUGGUGCUGAAACUCAAAAGAUUAGGGUGUUAUGAAAAUCUCCUUCAUUCUCUUGGAUAUGAUAUAAUUUUUUUAUGGUUUCAAAAGCAGGUUUAGUGCAACAGGACUCCAGUGAAUAUGACAUUUUUCAUGAUUUUGAUGACAGUUGCUGCAGUCCUUUGCAUGAUUUGUGAAUGAAGAUGAAGUGAUAAGAUCUUUCUACAUUUUCAGAGUUGUAAUCCAAGUUGGGUUCCAGAUAUGUCAAGCCAAUAUUUCUUUCUAAUACUAGCUGCCUGCUGAUUUUAUUAAUUUCACUGCAAGGAAAUGUCAGUGAAUUGUGGAAAAAUGGCUGUAACAAUUUCCCAGAGUUAAAUUUAACGUAAUUCAAUGACUUUUUCUUCAAAUCAGCAUCUUUAAGCUCAAAGAUGUUUGGUUUUAUAAUCAGAAGAACAUAAAAUGCAUCAAUUUUAAGGUAUUAAAAGCUAAAACCAGAAGAAUUUUAACAUUUCUGUUUCAAAAUGGACUUCAGUUAGUCAUAAAUCAUUCAAAUAACUUCUCUUUGUGUCAUAAAGAAAAGCUCUAGUGUUGUUGUCAGGAUUUAAAUCUUCAUUUGUCCUUUACAGGGUCACAGCUUUGAGCAGACGCUGCUGAGUUAACAACCAUUUCAUCCCCAAAGUGGAUUGAUGGACCUCUGUUAUGGCCAAGAAGACAUGAUUCUUCAUCCAGCACCUGUGGCACAAUGUCCAAUAUGAUCACCCUGACUGCCAUCAGCCUUUUGUACUUGCCUGUUUUGCUCUUUGAGGCGUUUGUGUUAUCUAAAGGAAAGUAUGAGAGGUCAGCCGUGCCCAGUUCUGCGUCUCGCCUGGUGGCCAGGAUGGACGGGGAUAUCAUAAUCGGAGCCCUGUUCUCUGUCCAUCAUCAGCCAUCGGCUGAAAAGGUAGCAGAGAGGAAAUGCGGGGAAGUCCGAGAGCAGUACGGCAUCCAGCGAGUGGAGGCCAUGUUCCACACUUUGGACCGGAUUAACUCUGACCCCAACCUGUUACCCAACAUCACUUUGGGCUGUGAGAUCAGGGACUCGUGCUGGCACUCAUCUGUAGCUCUAGAGCAGAGUAUCGAGUUCAUACGAGACUCACUCAUUUCAAUCCGGGAAGACAGGGACGGAUCCAGGUGGUGCAUCGAGGGGGCUCCAUCCAGUCAGCCGCCGCCCACCAAGAAGCCCAUCGUUGGGGUCAUUGGACCCGGGUCGAGCUCGGUCGCGAUUCAAGUUCAGAAUCUCCUGCAGCUGUUCAACAUCCCGCAGAUCGCCUAUUCCGCUACCAGCAUCGACCUCAGUGACAAGACACUGUUUAAGUACUUUCUCCGGGUAGUGCCGUCAGACACUCUUCAGGCUCGGGCUCUUCUGGACAUCGUGAAACGGUACAACUGGACCUAUGUGUCUGCAGUGCACACAGAGGGUAAGACACACGUACUGAAGGCUUUAAAAAAGGAGAGAAAGAGAUAUCUGUGCUGCUGCCUUUACUUUUAUGGUGGGACAGCUUCUUGUGGAUUUACUAGAGAGAGUGAGAGCAAACACACUAAGCAAUCGCUCUGCAGAAGAGGUCUGGAAUGAGUUUACUUUAAACCAAAUCAGAUUCAAAUUCAGACAGAGAAUUAGUGAUGAGGUGGACAGAUCUACCUUUUCUUUAGUCUUGUUUAUGAUCUACUUUUAUAUGCCAUAUAUUUGUCUCAACUUUUCACUUGUUCUUAGUCGGAUUUGAACCCACAACCAUUUCACUCAAGGGCAGCAGUCAUGUCCAUCACACUAGAGGCUUUGGAGGUGUUUUUAUUUCAGCAUUUUACUUUUAAACAUCUAGUCUGGAUUUGAACCCAGAACUCUUUUACUUUGAAGAAGCUAGGGUAACUUCAUCAAUAUGCUACUGUUAAAUUCAAGGUUUUUAUGGUUUCCUGUCCUUUUUUUCUUCCACCUUUUUGCUGCAUGAAAGGUUACCAUUUCAGAGGUUCCUCUACUUUCUCGUUCAUUAAAAUGUCUUUUCCCAACUCCAAGAUGACACACCUUAGUCUAGAUUUUAGCCCAGACCUCUUUGAUCAUAAGGCAGUCAUCUUACCAACUUCACCACUGAGUUUUGGUGCAGAUUUCAACCUAGCACCACUAUUAGCAGAGGCAGCAAGUUUAGCCACCUCACAAUGGGCCUUUCUGAGAGAGUCUGCCUUUUUGGGUCAAUAUAAAUUUCACUAUUUUGUUGCUCAGCCUGUUAAAAAGUCCUUACAAAGGCUUUAAGUCUUAUUCUUUUAACAUCUCAUUUUACAUCAUCUCAAAAAACUCAUUUCAGACAACUUCAUUUCAUCUCUGUGUAAGUGGAAACCCCUUUGCGAAGGUGCUGCUAUGGAGAAUUUGAAGGUUUAUCUUCGAAAAGGAUGCUGGUUACAUGCAGGAGAAAAUAUGUACGGAGACUAGAUGAACUGCUUUGUCCACAGGGGGCGCCAAAACUGACUCAGAAUAGGAGCUUUAAUGAACCUAAACAACAUAAACAGAUGUUUGACACAUUUCCAAAGCAGGUAAAAGCGUAUUCUAUGAUAUAUAGCCUACUGUUUAUAUACUCUGAUAACGGCACAUCUAUUGGAAUCCAGUGUGGAUUUUUAAAGAGGAAAAAAUCCAAUCACACUGCAGUGUUUCAGACUGAACCACGUAACUUUUCCAUCAUUUUGGGACUGUCACCGAUGAUGUAACAUAUAAAUGCUUCCUUUGUCCUCAGAAACAGCAGCUAAGGUCACUCUAACCCCGUGUGCUCUGCUUGUUUCGCUCCUGAUUCUAUAAAAAGAAAUCUUGGGACAUUAAGGGGCUCUUAAAUGCUGAAGGGAGAGCAGUUUGUUCUCUCCAAACCAUCCCCAAAAUCAUUUUAGAGAGACAGAAGUACAAUUAAUCUCAAGUGCAGAAUACAGAAUGAAGCUGGAGUGAAUCCAAACCCAUUGAUUCUCUCUAUCCCUUCUGUGAAUGGCCCUCCCUUAACAGCUGCUCUUUUUUUCCCCUCAGGUAACUACGGUGAGAGCGGGAUGGAGGUGUUCAAAGAGCUCGCCUCUCAGGACGGCCUCUGCAUCGCCCACUCUGACAAGAUCUACAGCAACGCAGGAGAGAAGCACUUUGACAGGCUGCUGAGGAAGCUGCGCGAGCGUCUGCCUAAAGCUCGAGUCGUUGUUUGUUUCUGUGAGGGGAUGACGGUGCGAGGGCUGCUCAUGGCCAUGAGACGGCUCGGAGUUGCGGAAGAGUUCCUCCUAAUUGGCAGGUUUGUUACGGAUUGUUUCCCCAGGAGAUCUUUGGUUUGGUCUGUCAAGGUUUUUUUUUCUUCUUUGUGGGAUGAAAAGCAGACAAGUUUUCUAACAACAGUGAUGAAACGAACCUUUUCUCCAUUUUAGCGCUCACUGCUGCUUUGGACGAAAACAUGAAACACUGUCAGAACAUGAGCAAUCAGGUUUACUAGAGUUGAAACUAGAAACAGAAAAGAAGUCUAAUUACCAGACUCUUCAUGACCAAAUUUUGUCUUAUUUUUGUCAACUUUCUUGACACUCAAGGAGAGAGAGGGACUUUAAUUUUCAUUUUUGCUUUUAUUGGCCAUAAAGUUUUACUUGGGAAGUCUUUAAAAAGUUAGACAACUCGACAACUGGCAACUGAAAUGACACGAAAGAAAGAAAAUCACAAAGCUUCAAUGACUUUUUCUGGAACAAGCUACAUUUUUUAUUCAAUAAACAAACAAAAAUAACCCCAAAAUCUGGAUUGGGGCUCCAAAGGCAUUAUUCUCAUAGAGAGCAGUGAGGUCUGUAGAGUCCUGACCCGGCUAAUGCCCCACUUUCCAAACUCUAAAACUUUUUUUCCUUCUUCAGCAAUCUUUGGCUAAUUUUAAACCAAUUUGGACCCUUUCGCUGCUUCUGAUGUACCAAUUAUUCAGCUAUCAUUUUUGUUCCCACUAUCCCAGUUUUUCUCGCCUAAUGACAGGUCCUUCUCUCCAAAUGACUAACUAAUAGCUGUGUCUCCCUGGCCCGAAGACUGGUCCUGUGUGGACUAAGAUGAAGCGGAUCUGCUUCAGUCUUUGGUUCUUGGGGUUUUGUUGUAAAUUCACAUGGUUAGGGUCAGGGUUAGGGUUAGGAUCAGGGUUAGGGUUACAAUUGGGGUUAGGGUUAGGGUUAUGGUUGGGGUUAGGGUUAGGGUUAGUGUUUGGGUUGAGGUAGGGUUAUGGUUGGGGUUAGGGUUAUGGUUGGGGUAAGGGUUAGUGUUAUGGUAAGGGUUAGGUUUAUGGUUGGGGUUUGGGUUAGGGUAAGGGUGAGGGUUAGGGUUGGGAUUAGGGUUAGGGUUAGGGUUUUGGUUUGGGUUAGGGUUAGUGUUUGGGUUGAGGUAGGGUUAAGGUUGGGGUUAGGGUUAGGGUUGGAGUAAGGGUUAGGGUUAUGGUUAGGGUUAGGGUUUUGGGUUAGGGUAAGGGUGAGGGUUAGUGUUGGGGUUACGUUUGGGGUUAGGGUUACAGUUGGGAUUAGGGUUAGGGUAAGGGUUAAGGUUAUGGAGGGUUAGGGUUACCGUAGGGGUUAGGGUUAGGGCCUGGGUUAGGUUAAGGGUUAGGGUUAGUGCUAGGGUUGAGGUAGGGUUAUAGUUUGGGUUAGGGUUAGGGUUAGUGUUAUGGUUGGGGUUAUGGUAAGGGUUAGGGUUUGGGUUAGGGUUAGGGUCUUGGUUACGGUUGGGGUUAGGGAAAGUUACGGUUAGGGUUAUUGUUCAGGUUGUGUUAAGCCUGUCACUUACUAGAAGAUUUCUAUGAUCCUCCAGUUGUGGAUGAUGAAAAUAUUGAAAGCCCCAAACAUCACAUAACAUUAAACAUCAUAACAUUACGUAGAAUAAUGAAAGGAAUUUGUAGUUUGGUUCUUAAAGCUCCUGUGAGUAGUAGCAAGAUCCACUUCUUUCAUUUUAACUUCAGGGUUUUUGUCUUUAUUCAAGAUGAAUGUAGUCAGAAGGAGGAGCCACAAGUGGGAAUCAAACCCCCCUUUUAAGCGUAACCUCUGUAUAUAGAGCACACAUUUAGACUGCUAGACUAGCGACAUCUUGAGAUAAGAAAAUCUUAAAACCAUCAGCAAAUCAGGCGUCAAAAAGUUUUGGCUUUGCUGAAGAGCAGCCCAUCUUUGUACACCCUUGCUGGAUUUUAAACCCCCACAAUAAUUCAUGGAUUAAAUGAGAAGGAAGAGAGUAAAUUUUAUUGUGUCUUGCAAAAUUACACCACAAUUCUGUUUGUAAAAUGGUGGUAUAAUAAGAUGUAAAAUUCAGCCACAACUAGGAUAUGUGCGUUAAAUAAAAAGUUCAUAUUGAACAGAAAUCUUUUUUCUCCUUCUGGGAGGAAAAGAAGCUCUGAAAGCAGAAGCGGCUUUGAGUCAGGCUCAGUAAUGAAUAAUGCAUCCUCGCAGCGAGCUCUCCCUCUCUCACUGUCAGAUCACAGGCAGGACGAGCUAAUAUGGGACAGCACCUCCAGCAUAAGCCGAGGAGCGUGGAGUAGCUAAACAUCAAAGCUGGUAUCAACACUUGAAGCAGACGUUCCCUCUUUGCAGUGCAGUUCCAGCUCACCUCCAGUCCUGUUAGCAGCACCUGAAACGGGGCUGCCAUUAAAGGCGACCACGGUUCAUUUACACAGUGCGCUUCAUUAAUGCGAGGCCGUUUUAUUCACAAAGGAUGAUGAGAAGAAGUCAAAUCCAUCUUCUCUGCCGGCAUGAUGAAAAGCAGGCAUGAAAAAGCCUAAACUUCUGCUCACCCUUUUCACUUGAAUUUGCUCUGCUGCUGAAGUCUCCACGGAAGACAAAGAGGGCAACUUUGGUUGAGUGUGUGUGUGUAUAUGUGUGUGUGAGCGUGUGUGUUUUCUGGGUCAAGGAGAACACUGAAAAAGGAAAAUGUUUUUAGAGCAAUGCAGUAAGUGAACACAUGCAGGCCUGAGUAACGGGCCAACCGAGGCGCCCAAGGUGCUGGUCAUCAGCCAUCUAUCUCUCCCUUCCUCUUCUUCUCCUAUAUGUGAGCAAAGAUCUUGUCCUGUUUUCCCUAUCACUCGAAUCUCGAUUUCUCCGCUUCUUUAACAGAAUUUUUCACUCGUUUUUCUUUCACCUACAUUAAGCACUUCCUGGUUUUGCUCAUUUUUGAAGUCUGUACAGUGCAUGUGUUGUGAGUUGACGUCAGAGCUGUUGGUUUCUGGCACUCACAGUCUUGGACUGGGGGGAGUGUGAUGCUGUGAAGCAGAUGGUCAGGUACUGUUGAUACUGUCACACUGGACAUUCAUUGUCAGCUCAUUCUUGGAAGUGCCAGCCAAGCCAAACGUGCUAUUAUUGGCUUCUGCUUCGCCAAAUGUGGGCUUUUUAUUUUUGAAGGCUGGUAUUGGGUGAUAUUUUUGUGCUGCAUUUUUGUGGAACCUUCAGUAAACGUCUGAAAAUGAUUCCAACACAAAGAUUUGUUUUGUUGCCCCAGUUUUUGGUUUCGUCUCUGCGGGGCGAAAAAAAAAAAAAGCUUGUAAAUCAGCAUUUGAACUGCUUCAGUGUGACACCAAAAGAAACUGUUUUAGAGAAUCUGUGCAGUUUGUUAAUGUCAAAACAGAAAAACAAAACUUGUCAAGUUUAUUGAAACUUUAGUGAGGAGUUUUUAACCAGCUAUGACAACGAUAUAAAAAUGCAAAAGGCGUCAAAUGACCUAAAAAAAACCUAACAAACCAGACCCUUAUUGAGAAGACUGAAUGUGUCCUUAUUUGGGAUUGACUGAUGCUGAAUUUUCAAGGCCUAGACUGAUGCCGAUUAUUGGUAUCAGUCUAGGUCUUGAAAAUACGGUAAAUUUUUGCAACUGAUAAUCACUGAUAUUUGGAACCGAUAUGACAACUCCAAAUUAAAAACUUUGCUUAAAUGCCUUUUGCAAGUGUUUAACCAACAUCAUCUACAAAACUAUUUGAUUGACGUCUAGCCAAUCAAAUAGGGAUGUGGGCGGGGCAUCACAUGAGACAAAGUGGUGCAAGAAAAGGGGGUUCCACACCAGCAGCAGAACAAAAGUGGCAUACUUCUUAAUCAGUCAGCCAUCUUCAAAUAAAAGGCCCAUACAGACAAUCAACAAAAUGCCAAAUAUCGGCUUCCAAUAAUCAGCCAAGACAGGGUCUUUAUGUUUAAUUUAGACAGGUGUCAGACAGGUAGAUUUACUUUGAUCAAUCUUUGUUCACACACUAAUGUUAGCACAGAGAGAAAAAGGAUAGGAAAACCUUUUAUAUGUCAGGGAACUCAACUUUCACAUGUACAGGACAGGAUGAGAAUAAAGAUCAAGGGUAAUGGCCAGCAGGGGGGCGACUACACUCCUUGAACACGGUCUCCCCAAGGCCCUUUUAGUGGUCGAUUAUAACUUGGAGGUAAUGCCAUUGGAGGCCAUGGAUAAACAUGGAUAAAAAGUCCAGAAAUGUAUUACUUAUUUACGACUAUCUCAAGAUUUUGAUGUCUGUAAAGAUGUUCCAGUCCAAAUCAAACAUGCAGAAGGACAUUCAGAGAUGUUACUAGAGUAAUAAAACACACUAUCUAGUCACGCCGUAGUCCUUUAGAAGCAAUAAUAUGUCUUUAUAACCCUCCAAAGUUAUUGCCCUUUUUAUUUGUAGUGAUAUAUCUUGUUCUUACUGAGGCCAUGAUCGUGCUUCUCCUCUAUGUAUCACUCACGCAGCUUCACGUACAGUAUAUGCAUCACAAAUUCGAUCCCACUCUGCCUGAUGCUCUUCAGCUGCUUUGCAACUCAAAUGAAGCUUUUUAUUGAGCAUGAUUCAAAUGCCAAGUGUCAACAAAAGCUUUUGUUUGCUCUUUUGUGAGAUUUAAAAUGCAAAAAUUGACAUUUAAACAGUUGAGCAUUUAAACUAUGAAUACAAACAAUAACUGGUGAGGAAACAAAAUCACACGUACACAGAAAGAGUCUGUGAGGAGGCUGGGAGCUGUACUGUAACAGAGCUAAUCCGUGAAUUCGCACCAGACUUGUGAUUGAGUCUGUGGAGACUUUUUUUUUUUUUUCUUCUUUCUUGCAGCAAGUGUUUGUGCGUAUCCACGGUCGUGAGCGGGUAGGCUGAAAGAGGAACAAAGUCAGGGCAACAAAAGGGAGAAUUUUCUGCAGGAUUUAGUCUGACGCUUGUUAGUGAGGCGGCUUCAAAAUGUGACGGACUUCUACAGCUUGAGCAGCACAGUGAAAGAGCAAACUUCCUUCAGCCGGAUACAGACUAAUGAUGGUUGAACCCUUUUUAAAGUUAGCUAACAACAGAAAAAUAUCGUGUAGACUGGGUGGAAAUUUCUGUACACAUAAAUCCUGACAAUUGUGUCAUUCUUUGCUUGUUUUCAUAGUUUUUUUAAAACAUAUUCAGAACCCAUCAUCUCCAAAUAUCUCUUCCACAACCAGUCUAAAAUUCCUGAAGCUGAAUAAAUUUCUUCCCAAGCUGGAUUAAAGCUCAAGGAAAUAAAGCUGAGAUUUAAGUGACACAUUGUACUGACACGUCGGGGUGAAUACUGCUGUCCUGUGACUAAUGCUGAACCUUAAAUUCACCUGUCUCUGUGAGGGCAAAACUUUAAAAUGUCUUUACUAAUGCAGCAAACGGAUUGACCUAUGAGCGGCACACUCUUGUUUUAUCUUUGGUGUUUAUGUUGCUUUCCUCCCUGCAGUGACGGCUGGGCAGACCGGGUCGAGGUGGUGGAGGGUUACGAGCAGGAGGCAGUGGGUGGCAUCACUGUGAAGCUGCAGUCUGAAGAAGUCUCCUCCUUCGACGACUACUUCCUGAAACUCAGACUCAGCACCAACACCCGCAACCCCUGGUUCCCCGAGUUCUGGCAGUACCGCUUUCAGUGCCGCCUUCCCGGACACCCGCAGGAGAACAUGAAUUAUGCACGAAACUGCUCAGGUAGCUAAACUAUCUGUCAGCCAGUUAUGAUGUUUCCUGCAGUUUUUCUUGUUUAUAGAUUCACGCCGGUGUGAGCAUCAGCUUGUCUUUUUGAAGUGUUGUGAUGUGUUCAACGCCUGAGGGAUGGAGCCAAAUGGGCCUCCUAGACCAGAACAUGCUCUUUAAUUAUGAAACAGACUACCAAAGGGUAGAGAUCUCCUAGUCGGUCCAAUGACGUUUUGUUUUUCAUAUUUAUUUUUGUGACACUUGGCUUUGCAGAAGAUGAUGAUCUAGGUAAAUGACAUCCUUUUCUUUUGCAAAGGAACAACCUGAAUGCAUCGCCUUAAGAUCAUGGUUCCUGAAACAGUGCUCAACAAGCACGUUUCCGAAAACAUACUUUUAUGUUCUGCUUAUUUUAAACAUAGACUUACAAAAUAUACAUAUCCACAGAUUAUAUAUUUACGUUUUCAACAACAUCGAUUAGGUUCAUCUGAUAAUUAAAUCUUGAAAAUGAUCAAUUCUGUAAGUGAAUCUUGUGAUAAACGUAAAUAUAAAAUAAUGCAUGCAGUAUAGGACAUUUUUAAUUUAUUAGGGUUGCGUGAAUUCUUUUUUUUUUUACUUUUAUACAGAUUCUUAAAAAAAAUAAUUUUCCCAUUAAACAAACAAAAAAAAAAAAAUGAGGCACUUUGCAUGUAACCACUUUCAGUUUUUAAAACUCCUUAUUUAUUUGUUAAGUUCGCACAUUAGCCACUAAAAUAUUCAUAUUUAACCAAGCUUGUGUUUCAAUAUUUUCACAGAGUUUUUAUUUUGCCUCCUACGAUAAGUAAAUAUGCAGUUAUUCUUUGCUGUCCUGUUACUUCUGUUGUUUUUAUUUCAUUAUUCAUAUUUAUUUUUUGGUGUAGAACUCCAAGAUGGUGAGUGAAUCCCUCUGACUGGAACAGUAAUCCCCUUAUUUUAGCAUCAUUUAUGAUAUACAUAGAGGUUAACUGAUAUUAAAGUUUCAUCGCGUAACUUUGCAAAAGUAUUUUUAAUGUCAGUUAAUCUCUAAUAUAUGAAGCUAUUGGGAUGUUUUUUGUUGUUUUUUGUUACUACACACCAUCUGAGAGCCCAACAAUUGAUUCUGCUCUGCUCUCACUGUGACCCUCACCCUUUUCACAGCCGUAUAAAACAACCCAAUAACACUGAGUGAAAUGGUAACCAGCUGGUCCAGCUUUAACUGCAUGUAGCCGCAGAUAAAAUGAAGCCAGAUAAACAUGGCGGCCAUUAUCUGAUGUCUCACUCAGGGCGGUCAAAGCUCAAUUGCUGUUUUAAUGUAGUUCUGAUAUUUUCCAGGUUGUAAAUCGUAUGGAGACUCCUUUUGAGAAAUGUAUUUAUCUAGAUACCCUGAAUUAAGGUCACUUACUACAUGGAAAAAAGCAGCAUGACUUUACAUCAGCAUUUGAGCUUCCCAGCCCAAGCAUGACGAAAUACAAAAAAGAAAUGGCCGCUGUGGGAAUAUGGUCAUGUGUAUUUCCAGAACCAGUGAAUUAGAGUUUCAUUUGAAGGGAGACAGUUAGCCAGUCUUAUAGCCUAAUCCCAGAGUCGCCCCUCUGCCUGCACGCUGUCAGCCUGACAUCAUUUCAUCGAGGCUGAGGCUCACACAGCUCAGUGAGGGAGACGGGUGUCAAAGCCAAGGCGCUGUUAAACUAGGUCAUCACCAGCAGUUCCCAUCGGAUGUUCACCCAGCUGUUACAGGAUUCGGUGUUGAUGUGUUUGUUUGAAUAGACUCUUCUUUCUUAACUCUAAUAACACCAGCGAGGGAUGAUGAUCGUCAUCCAGCUUACCUGACAGUCUCAUGGAGUUCAAUAUCAGGGGCUGCUGAAUUAUGUUACACAUUUUAGGAAAAAUGGCAUGUGCUGUAACUGAUAGGGUUAAUGAUGAAUUAUGUUGCACACUGUAAAUAUAUCCGUAAAGCUGGCACAUCAAGUCUUCAACAGGGACAUGGAGUUAAAAACCUCAGUUGUAAUCCUCCUAAAUUUUCUUACUGAGUUAAAACCAACUUCAUAAAAUUGACAUCAGACAUUUAAUUAAAAAAAAAAGAAAAAAAGAAAAAAUAGGCCAAGUUUUGAGAUUUUAUUUUAUUCUACAAUUAAAGAGGAUCAUACUUUUGCAGCACAAAUAUGUCUAGUUUGACCAAACCUGAUUUUCUUGUUAAUAGAAUUUUUUCAUGAUAUAUCCGUAUUUUUUUAAGGAGUUUUCUGAUGUUUCUGACACAGACUAAAAUUCAUAUUGAUGCCUUUUAUGGUCUACAAAAAGCAAAACCCCAUCAGGGACAAGACUGACAGUUUUUAUACUGUAAUUUUUAAUGCCUCAAAUAGGUGCAAAGGGGUAGGUGUUGACACUGUCCAAGCAUGUGAAGGACAAUAUGAACGAAGACUGAUGUGUUUGCAUAAACCAAAAGUUUCUCAAAAGUUAUAACUUACUAACAGGAGUCCCAAAUAUACAUUGUCAUGCUGCAAAGCAAAAAUACCUUCAAGGAGAAAAACCCAGUUAUAUUUUGGCGAGCCGUAUAACUCCCCAUUAAGAAGAACAUUAUCAGCUGCUACAUCACUCUACACUUGCUUUCCAUAAAAUAUGAAUCAAUCCUUUUGGAACGGAUUCAGGGGAGACAUCAGGGUGAAGCAAAGAGGAUAUCACUUAAUUUUUAGUCUUGUUGGCGUCUACCGACCACCUACGAUAAAACUUAAAAGUGCUCAUCAAACUUGAUUUGUGUUAGCUCGUCAAAUUUUAAUGAUUGAAGAGUCCUUCAGUUUAAAACACUUGGGAAAAAAGUUGUCUUCACUGUCAUAAAAAGAUGCUUUUCUUGAAAGUUAGGUGUCCUUUGACAAAAGUUGUUCUUACACUCUAUGUAUCAGGAUAUAAAAUGCCUUAAAACCUGAUAUAAUCUAACUGAAGGUUAGAGUUGACACUUCUUGACUUGAGGGCAGCUGUGCUCAGGAGUAGAAAUGAUUGUGUCUUAAUCAGGAGGUUUGAGGUUCUAGGUUUGAGAGGAAUCUUUAAACAGGCAGUGAGGUUAACAAAUGCUAAUGCACACUUUACAAAGCAGCCAGUGCCACUGGUGUUUGAAUCUCGUGUGGAUGGGUGAAUGUAGCAUGUGAUGAAAAAGUGCCUUAAGUGGGGAUGUAACUGUAUUAUUAAUGUCAAAAUUAUAAAUCAGGCCUGGCAACGACUGCAAUCAUAUCAGUUUUAUACAGUGGAAGUAGUUUAUUUGGAUGAAAAGAUGCUGUUAAUGUAACUCACCAGUAUCAGACACAUAGGCUACUUAAUAUGAGACAGCACAAGUUAAGAGGAAGGGGCCGCCAACGCACGUAUCUGCUUAAUAUUUUAACAUAAACUGAUGAAAGCAUGGCUUUUGUACUGACAUUAAGCUGACGUCUCACCUCAGCAAUGAGCAACUUAAAAAACCUGCUUAGUCUGCUUCUAGCUUGCAUUACACUGAACUGAUAGGGUGUGUUUAGACAUCACAUGCUCAAACCGUUUUUGUGUCAUUCACUCACCGUGUUUGUCUGAGAUGAAACAGCAAAACAACAAGACAACAGAUUUAAAUGCAUGGAAAAAACUUGGUUCAUUCUUUACGCUUGGGGACACACAAUCUCACUGAUAGAGCGUUUUUAAGACAGACUCGAAUUGAGUCCUGACUCAUAAAUGCAGAAACAAAUAGUCUUGCCAUGGUAACAAGCUUUCUUUGAAGCCAUUUUCCGAGGCUUCAAGUUCCUCCAAAGCAGUCUCCCACUGAGGCAAAGAGGCGUGUAGCUGGCUGCCUGUUUUCAGAGAAUCAUUACGAGACUGUUUCAGUAAGCACCCUAUCACUCCUUUGUAAUAUAUUAAAUUCAUGCUUGACCUGUAAAGGACACCUGAAGUAUAGGCCCAAUUUUACUGCAUUGAUAUGCUUCUGCUUGCAGCAAUAAAGCACCCCAGUGAGGCUUAAAAAAUUCAAUUCCUGAAGACGAAUCCUGACACUUCUUCUAUGUGUGGACAGGUUAUGAGAGUCUGGAAGACAACUACGUUCAAGACAGUAAGAUGGGCUUCGUCAUCAACGCCAUCUACGCCAUGGCCCAUGGGAUUCAUGACAUGCACACUCACCUCUGCCCGGAUCACGAGGGUCUCUGUGACAACAUGAAGCCUGUGGACGGCAGCCACCUGUUGGAGUUUCUCCUCAAGACGUCCUUCGCGGGGGUUUCUGGAGAAGACAUUUGGUUUGACGAGAACGGAGACUCGCCUGGAAGGUAAAGUAUGAGAUCCUUGCAUUCUGGUUGACACUGUUAAGUAAUUUCCAAUUUUCUGGUUUGUCAAACAUUUGUCACUCCAACUUCUUGGAUCAAGGAAGAUCUGAGUGACCUGUGGCAUAAGAAACAACUCAAAGCUAUUAUGGUCUUGUUUGGAGAGUGGAUGCAAAUACACUUUAGACCUCACAUCCUUUUUUCUCUGAAGGAAGGACACCAGAUAAUUAUAUUAAAACAGUGUUAGAACAUCGCUAACUGGUGUCCCUCUCUAUCUCCCGUCACUCUCUCCACUAUCAGGUACGAGAUAAUGAAUUUCCAGCGUGUGGAGCCGGGAGUUUAUGACUACAUCAAUAUCGGCUCCUGGCAUGAGGGCAUCCUCAGCCUGGAUGAUGAAAUGAUGCAGAUGAACCGCAGUGACAUGGUCCGCUCUGUCUGCAGCGAGCCCUGCUCUAAAGGAGAGAUCAAGGUGAGGGACAAAGACCUUCAAUACAAUCCUGUUUAUGAAAUAUGUUGCGUCUUGGUUAAGGUUUAGCCAUGCCAAGAAUCUGAUUUGGGAUCGCCUUUACAUGUCUCUGCAUAUUCUGUUGGCCAGGUGAUCAGAAAAGGAGAGGUGAGCUGCUGCUGGAUCUGCACUGCCUGUAAGGACAAUGAAUACGUCCAGGAUGAAUUCACAUGCAAAGCCUGUGAGCUGGGCUGGUGGCCAGACACAGAACUUGAAGGUUAGAGUUUAAUCCAUGCUGUCCUUUUACCUACAUCAGUAAAUCCUCACCUGGAGACACUGUUCUGUUGCAAGUGAUUGGUACCUUUUAACCGUAUCGUAUCGUAUCGUAUCGUAUAGUAUCGUAUCGAGGUGAAACUCUUGGUUUAAUAACAGGCAGUUGAAAGUUAAGUUCUUCAGAGCCUUUUCUCUCCUCAUCCCCGAACUCUUCUCUUUGUCCUGCAAAGAUUUUUGUAGCACCGUUUCGUAAAAACCUGUUCUGUCCUAUUUUCAUCGCUUUCCCAUGACACCUGAGAGCCAUUCAUCAUCCUCACCAUUUUAUCCGACAGCAGCCCUACUUCACUUACCACUCUUCUGGCCCACUUUCAAAGGCCUUCUGUGCUGUUCAAAGACAAGACACUUUCUUAAUAGGAUCAUCCUGCCUCUCUCCGCGCUGUUUCACUUUCCCUUUUUUUUUUUUUCUUUUACCUUAAGUGACACAUAGAGAUGAGAAAAUGCGAAGCCCUGGGAUGACGUAAAAAUGAUUCCAGUGCAAUUUUCUAACCCGUACCCUCUUUCUGCUAUACAAUAAAUAAGUAAACCGGCUUAGAUUAGGUAUUCAAAGUGCGUUCACAACAUGAGGCAGGAAGGAGAUCUAAUUUGGAUCCAUGAAAAAUGGAGUGAUUUACUUUGUCCUGCUGCAUUGCCCCCCUCUCUCUCUGGCCGCAACCCAGCCUGGCCACGGCUCAGUAGAAAAGGGGUUUAUUUAUAGUUGCGCUAGAAACCUACUUUGGGCCUAACUGUAUUUUCUCCAGCUUAGAUGUAUCAGAUUAAUUUAGGAUGUUUUCAUAUGAUAAAGUUGUUAAAGUCAGACUUAUCUGUUAUAAUUAGUUAAAAUAUCGGCCUUUUUUAAAGGUAAAAACAACAACAUACAUAUCUAACCACCAAGCUGAUGUUGAAUGAAAAAUGUAUGACCUGCUCUUAGUGGACAUGGCUGUGUGCUCAUGUUGUGUUUUCUAUCCUUUCCAGUGUGUGAACCAAUCCCGCUUCGCUACCUGGAGUGGAGCAACCCAGAGUCCAUUAUCCAGGUGGUCUUCUCCUGCCUGGGCAUCCUGGUUACCUCAUUCGUAACCUUUGUCUUCGUCUUAUAUCGCGACACGCCCGUCGUCAAGUCCUCCAGCCGGGAGCUCUGCUACAUCAUCCUCGCCGGGAUCUUCAUGGGGUAUCUUUGUCCUUUCACCCUCAUCGCCCGUCCAACAGUGGCGUCCUGCUACCUCCAGAGGCUGCUGGUAGGACUUUCAGCCGCCAUGUGCUACUCCGCCCUGGUGACCAAAACCAACCGCAUCGCUCGUAUUCUGGCAGGCAGCAAGAAGAAGAUUUGCACGAGGAAACCGAGGUUCAUGAGCGCUUGGGCUCAGGUGGUCAUUGCCUUCAUCCUGAUAAGUGUCCAGCUCACAUUAGAGAUCACCCUCAUCAUCAUGGAGCCACCUGAACCCAUCAAGUCCUACCCCAGCAUCAGAGAAGUCUUCCUCAUCUGCAACACAAGCAACGUGGGUGUUGUGGCUCCUCUGGGCUACAACGGCUUGCUUAUCAUGAGCUGCACUUAUUACGCCUUCAAGACGCGUAAUGUUCCUGCGAAUUUCAAUGAAGCCAAAUACAUCGCCUUCACCAUGUACACCACAUGUAUCAUCUGGUUGGCGUUUGUGCCCAUCUACUUUGGUAGCAACUACAAGAUCAUCACCACGUCCUUCUCUGUGAGCCUCAGUGUGACUGUAGCUUUGGGCUGUAUGUUUACACCAAAGAUGUACAUCAUCAUUUGCAAACCGGAGCGAAACGUCCGCAGCGCCUUCACCACAUCUGAUGCCGUACGCAUGCACGUGGGUGAUGGCAAGAUCGCCUGCAGGAGCAACAGCCUGCUCAACAUGUUCAAGAGGAAGAAGAACCCUGGAAACGGCAGGUAUGUUCGUUAAUUGAGUCUGAGUCCUGCUCCUGAGGCACCUCAGGGAUGCUGGUUUUACUGUAAUUCCCUCUCAAAGGGAACCUGAUGUCUUACUGUAUUCACUUUCAUAGGGACACCUGGAUAUAGGUCAGUGCUCAAUCCACACAGCCGUUUUGACCUUUGAAUUUAUGGUACAGUUAAAACGAGCAUCUCUGUGUGCUGAGGGAUGACAGGUGUAAUCUCAGAGAAUUCAGGGUUUCUGCAGAGUUCACAAGUCAAGUUUUGGAGGUUUUGAGAGUUUCUGUUUGAUACCACAGAAAAACGAAAGCCAGCAGAGGUAAUUUGGCCUCGAACCAUUUCUCAGUAACAGUUUUUUUUCUGGUUCUGUUGAGCAGAAUUUAAAGGGAUAUUCAGGCGUAAAACUAAUUUAGUGUCAAACACACCAUAACACCAAGUUAGACACCCCAACUAGAGAUAAAUGUUUUUAACUUUGCCUAAUUUCUUAGCAAAAAGACUAAACACAACUUACUUACUCUCUUCCAGCAGCCGCUUGUUUGUAGUGAGACCUCGGGCCAGUCCAUCAUCGACUACAGCGGGGUGACGCAGCUCAAGGAAGAACAUUUAUGAUCAUUUCUUCAUGGAAAUGCAAUCAGACCAAGAUGGUAAAACAGAAGUGUGCAGUGCAAAGUGAUUAAUAUGAUGAUUAUUACUUAAAGGAAAUGAUAAAGUAAUGAUCAUAAAUGUUCUUCCUUGGGCUGCGUCACCCCGCUCUAGUCCGUAAUGGACUGGCCUGAGGUCUUGCUACAAGCAAGCGACUGCUGGAAGAGAGUGGGUGAGUUGUGUUUAGUCUCUUUGCUAAAGAAAUCAGGCAAAGUUAUAAAGAUGUUUGGUGGUUGGUAUUAUGGCUAGGAUCCUAAAUGUACUGUUAGGUGCUGUUCUGAGCAUUAUUUGUGGCUAUAAAGUGGCGUUUUGGUUGAGGUUUGUUUAUGGCUCCGCAGACCGCUGUGUAUUGCUAUCCUGUGGUCGUUACUAAAGUUGUCGUUACUAAAGCAAGCGGUCGGCGACAUUCAUCUCUCGAGGGGGUGUCUAACUCAGUGUUACAGUGUGUUUGACCCCAAAUUAAUUUUACGCCGGAAUAUCCCUUUAAGCGUAAUUGCCUCUGACAAGUGAUUUGCUUUUUAAGAUUCUUGUAACAUAAAAACUUACACAAAGGCUGAUGAGCUCCUGUUGUAAAGCGGUAUGUAAAGGUCCUAUAUAAUGGUGUUUUAGCUAUUUCCAUUAUAUCCUAUUUGUCUUUCAACCAAAGGCUAAAGAGCAGCUAUUCGGUUUCUAUACUGCCAGUGUAUACUGAGGCAAAAACAAAUAUGGCGAGUGCUCCAGAAGAACCUGUGAUAUUGAAUUACAGAAUCUGUCCUGAGGAGGAGUCAGCUGUUGAAGCAUGAGGUCUUUCUCUUGAUUUUUUUGCUUUCCAUGUGUAACUUUAUGUGGUCGGCCCUUGUUGUUGAAGCACGUUGAGGUGAAAUGGUUAGCACAAACCAGUUAGCAUCAACUAAAGAUGUGAGCUGGAACAAAACACAGGCAUGUUUGUUGGUUUUGCAACAACAGGACAGAUGGCAUGUGUGGCUUGGACCUUUGACAUCUUGACUCUUAGUGAAGCUGUUUUCCCAGUUGAUAAAAAAUGCAGAGGCUUUUUUGCUUCCACAUUCUCGUGGUUGUUUGCAUGUAGGAUGACUGAAGUGUAUAAAUAGACAAGAUAAAAUGUAUUUGUCAUUAUAUUGGACCUUAAAGUUCAUUUGUUACCUACACUGAAGGCUUUCCAUGUCCUCCAAGACCACUGACUUUAGUUUUUUAAGAUUUGAAAGACCUGCAGAUACCCUGGAAAACUUCGUGAUUACAUUUUUUUUUUACACAGUUACACUUUUUUAUAUUUACAUGAAGCACAGAUGCUGUUUUUGUCUCCACUGUUCUGGGUUCCUGUGCAGUAACAGUCGUCUUUAUUUUGUUCAUAGUUCUAAUGGAAAGUCUGUGUCAUGGUCUGAACCAGGUGCAAGACAUCCUCCAAAAGGGGAUCACAUGUGGCACAGACUGUCAGUGCAUGUGAAGAGACAGGAAGCAGGUUCCAAUCAGAUGGCUGUCAUCAAACCCUUAACUAAUACCUACCAAAACAAAGGCUUGGAGUUCUCAGACCUCAGCACUAAGACUUUGUACAAUGUGGCAGAGGAGGAUGAGGGUGAUCCGGUCAGAUACAAUCCCCCUGACACGCCCCCCAUGAUGGCCCACGGGCAAAUUCCUGCCUGUGGGCUGAUGAAAGACACAGAGCAGGAGAUGGAGCUGUAUACCCCUCAUCAUCUGCAGCCACUCCCCCAACAUCCCAUCAUGGACCACCUUCAGGAGGAGAGGCUGGCUGGUAAAUUCAACAGUGACAUCCCCGCGCUGAAUGAUAUGAUUAGCAUGCCUGAGGCUGUUACCAGCGGCGGCAUGCCCGUGUACCACCAGGCCCACCUCAUCCAGCAGGAACCCAUCCUGCCUGUGCACCUCGACCCAUUCGAUGAGGAGCCUGCCUUCCCUCUGGAGGAGGAGGACGAGGAGAUAGAGAACGAGCAGUUUGGCCUUCUCCAAGGCUACAUAUACAACAACUCCCAAAAUCAUGACGAGGAGGAAGACUUGGUUGAGGUAAAACUAGCAAUGGAGGACUCCCUGGCUCUGAUGCCUCCCUCUCCUUUCCGAGAUUGCGCCGCUCCUCCUGUGAGCCCUUUCCCCAACUCACCCGUGUCUGAGUCGAUUUUGUGCAGCCCUCCAAAUGUGACAUACGCCUCGGUCAUCCUCAGAGACCUGAAGCAAAGCUCAUCAACUCUGUGAGGGGUGCAGACUUAACAUCAUCUACUGUAACAUACUUCAAGUUCAUAAUGACUUGUGUUGUAUAUAACGGAAUAUAAAGAAUCAUGAGGACUGAUCAUUUUUCACUCUAAUUGAUAGCUUUUACAUGAUCAAAGUGAGCAAGGCGCCGUGUUUUUAAGUUCUUUUUAGUUGUUGUCUACAAUAGUGAAAGGAGUCUUACAAACACGCUAACAGACGCUUUUAAGAUAAAAUAGACUUUGUGCUUUCAAAACAAGCAGCUAAGAUUGUGUAUGAGUGUGUACAAUCAUUAAAAUGAAUAGACGAGACGAGACAAAGAUGGUUUUAACAGGGCAACUUAGGGGUAAAUAUACUUUGUCUGUGAUGUAAAUUGUUCCAUUUUGUCUGCAGUAUUUUACACAUAAUGUGAGAAACUUGAUGUGACAUUUUUGAAAAUACACUUUUUUGCUUUCUUGAGGAGAAUUUUAAGGGAAAACAUUUACGUGAUAGAAAACACAGCAAGCAAAGUUUAGCUGACAGUAGAUAAAAGACGGGGAAAUCAUUCGUCCUGCUUUGUAUAAAGGUGCCACUGUAAUCACGGUCAUUUCUACCACACUCUUUUUAAAACAACACACAGUAUGUUAAAUAGAGAGGCUAUGAUAUGUGAUAUGUACAUUGUGCAGUCAUCUAAAUAUUGUAAAUUUCCUGAACUGUCUCCUGUCAACAUGGAUGAGUAAUUUAUCUUCAGAGGGAAUCAAAAGGUGGCGUGUCAAAAACAUAUCUCAUUUGGUGAAAAAGUGAAUUUCUGAUCGAUACAGUACUGCCAGGUAAAGCACUGACUGUAUCACGAAUGUAGCAGCAGACAAGUGCCACAUUUUCAUGAAAUUAUUCCUUGUUUUGUACGUCAGUCAGAUUUUUAUGGUCUCCGAAAGUAAUUUUAAGUAGUUACAAGUUUUUAUCUUUUAUAUUUCAACAUCCAGUUUCAUAUUUGUAUAGAUUUAUGUAUAAGAGGAUUGGCAUAAUGUUUUGUGAAUGUAUGAAUUGUGUCAUAUUUUGAUAUUAAGAUAUCUGUAUGUGUUACAGUAUUAACUCUUUUGCCGUGUAUGCUUCUAUUGUGUGAAUUAAUUUCUAAAUAUUAAGAUUUUAGGAGCCUAUGAAAACCAUAUAAUGUGAAGUGCUAAUGUAACUGUUAGAAGUGCUACUUGAACAAAGUAUUUGCAGCCUGAGAUAUACAUACUACUGAUUAACUCUGCCAUUUAAACUGAGAUUGACUGUAGAGCAUUUAAAAGGACACUGUUUGGUUUGAGUAAAGUAAGUUUUAUAUGCU